CCCAUUUAAGUCAUCAGUUUUCAACAAUUCAGAGUUCCUUUCCUUCUUCCUUAAAACGAACAAAAACAAUACCCUCAUCUUUUAUUAGCAAUGGCCUCAGCAGCAGUAGCCAACUAUGAAGAAGAGAUUGUUCGUCCCGUUGCCGACUUCUCCCCUAGUCUUUGGGGUGAUCAGUUCCUUUCAUUCUCCAUUGACAAUCAGAUUGCGGAAAAGUAUGCUCAAGAGAUUGAAGCACUGAAGGAACAAACGAGGAGUAUGUUGUUAGCUACUGCAAGAAAAUUGGCUGACACAUUGAAUUUGAUAGACACUAUUGAACGCCUUGGCAUAGCUUACCACUUUGAGAAAGAAAUUGAUGAGAUUUUGGAUCAGAUUUACAACCAAAACUCAACGUUUGAUGAUUUGUGCACUUCUGCACUCCAAUUUCGAUUACUCAGGCAACAUGGUUUCAACAUCUCUCCUCAAAUUUUCAGCAAAUUCCAAGAUGAAAAUGGCAAAUUCAAGGAGUCUCUAGCUAGUGAUGUCUUAGGAUUAUUGAACUUGUAUGAAGCUUCACAUGUAAGGACUCAUACUGACAACAUCUUAGAAGACGCACUUGCUUUCUCCACUAUCCAUCUUGAAUCUGCAGCUCCAUAUAUGAAUUCUCCACUUAGGGAGCAAGUGACACACGCCCUUGAGCAAUGUUUGCACAAGGGCGUUCCUAGAGUCGAGACCCGAUUCUUCAUCUCAUCAAUCUACGAGAAGGAGGAAUCAAAGAAUGACAUGUUACUUCGAUUUGCUAAAUUAGAUUUCAACUUGCUCCAGAUGUUGCACAAGCAAGAACUUGCUGAAGUAUCAAGGUGCGUGCGAUAUAUAAAAACGACGAACCCUUUUUGAUUGAUCAUAUCUCAAGUAC